AUGGCUCGGAGUGAGGACACCAGCCCUACGGAUUUGACGCAGCAAUACAUGGCAAAUGCUACCAACCAGAGUGUAGAGCUGCAGGACUAUGGCAUUUCAUCUCAUCUCAUGGAGCAGAGCGGCACGGGCUCGCGAGCUGUAACGUCGGUGCAACAGUCCCCUGAGCCGUCUCAGGAGGAUCUUCAGGGUCACUACAUCGGCCCGGCCUCUGGAGUGUCAUUCCUACUCAGGGUUCAGAAGCGCAUGCAUCAAGCAAUAUCGUUCUCUGGACCAGGAAGCAUCUUUACGUUUGGUGAUGCACCUCUUCAAAACCCUGACUAUGAUCCGAACUUUUGUAUGAUGCUUCCGAAAGAGGAUGCUCAGCGCUUGGUGGAUCGUUACUUCGACUUUGCUAUGCCGACCUACCGUUUUCUUCACCGACCCACGAUUCAGGAAUGGUUCUCGGAGUUCUAUGAGACGCUAGGGACUAUGCGUGAUCCGAGCAACUCUGCCGCCAAAGUUGCUUUGCUCUUCAUGAUCUUGGCGCAUGCUAGAGUGUACAUGCCUGAAAACGACAGACCUGGGCCAUCUGAUCUGAGUUCCCGGUAUUACUUGGCAGCUGAACAUCAACUCUCGAAAGAGAGCGGCUCAAUACGACUGACCAGCGUCCAGGCUCGUCUUCUGCAGUGCUACUACCUUGGAACGCAGUCCCGGGUCAACCACUGCUGGAGUCAAUUCGGUAUUGUCACAAACCUAGCACUUGCUAUCGGACUGAAUCGAAACAAACGACCCGGCGUUAUAAGCGGGCUGAAUCAUAUUGAAGUCGAAAGUCGUCGAAGAACCUUCUGGUGCGCAUACACUCUUGAUGCAUAUCUCAGCGUAUCGCUGGGCAGACCACGCAACUUUCACGAUGACGAUAUUGAUACGGAGCUUCCAGCUUGUGUCGAUGAUAAUGAUAUAACCAAGGAUCAUAUUAAUCUUGCUGGGUCAGCUAAAGGCUACUCGGUUAUGCUUGCUCCGCUUGGACAUAUGAAGCUUGCACGCAUCAUAGGUCAAAUACUGCGUGGCCUUUACUCAGUCAAGCCUAUCUCAAUCUCCAAGCGCCUAGAGGAAACACAGCUCGUCUCAAAAGCCCUCGCAGACUGGCGAGCUGAGUUCUCCCAGUUUCUCGAUGCUGACUACUUCAGUACCUCGUUCCUUGUCCCGAUCGUUCAACGUCAACGCAACGUUCUGAACUUGACAUAUUGGCAUGCCAUAAUACUCACGCAUCGACAAGCCGUCUUGAACAAUUUCGCAAGGAUCUCGCGUCAGAAUAGGAGGGGGAGUGAGAACGAUGCUGCAACCCAAGAGAGCGUUCAAAGGUGCCUCGAAGCUGCCAUCCAAACAGUUGGCCUGAUCGAUGAGAUGACCGACAACGGACAAAUGUUCCGGGCAUUCUGGGUUACGGCAUAUUUUGCCUUUACUGCAGCCAUGGUUCUGUAUAUCUACGUGAUCCAGAAAUGGGCAUCACCUCCUGAGACAUAUAGUGAAUACUUUACAGCUGCAGUUCGAUGCCAAUCGCACAUGUCAACAAUGGUCGAGAAGGGCUCAUUAUCAGAACGAUACUGCUUCCUGCUGGAAGAACUAAGGGUGGAGGCCUUACGCCAGGUGAAUCGGAUGCAUCCAAACGUGUUUGCUAGUCUAAGUCUAGAAGGGCAUGCACAAGACAGCGCUUUUCAGUCCAAUAUCAUACCGAUGGAUACGCCGAGCGACAAAACUUCUUAUACGGACUUGAUGGGGGAGAACGGGGGGUUGGACUUUAAUGGCAUGUCUGGUGUUGACUUUUCAGGGACGGGCUGGGGUCAAUUUGCCAGCAUGGUUUCAUCAGGAUUAGGCAACCUGGAUGCUUUCCUUGAUGAUGAGGUCUUUCGGCUUUAG